AGGAAUAUUUGUCCAGGAUUGAGUUUUGAAAUUGACUAUCACCAAAUAAUUUAAAUUUUACUUUAGCAGUAUGGAGGAAAGGGAAGACUUGGGUUUUCUCCAGUCAAAAUGGCCUAAAUUGACCAGCUUCAUCUCGUAUCUGACUCAGUCAGUACUUCCUUCUCAGAAUCUACCAGCUCGCCCUCAAUCCUUAUUGGACUUGGAUGUUGUGUCUGAUGAACUUUAUGAGGUGGGAGGCGUGGAAAUAAUGCCAUCUGUGUCCACCCUGCCACGGCGAUCAGUCCUCAAAACAUCUUCUUCUGCUGCUCUGACGAGACAGUCACCGCGCCGUGCUGCUGGCACUCAGAGAUACUAUGGCACACCUCAUCCAAGGGCUUCCAUCAACCGAAGAGAUGGCCUCCAGUCAGGAAAAUCCUCUCCUGUUCUGCUGGACCUUGACUCGGAAGACAACGCUGACAUCCACGUCCUACCAACUCCUGCUGGGUUUAAGACAAAGGACAUAGGAGAAAUGGCCAUCGCUGCCCAACGACACAGAAAAAAUCACUUCACACCAGCUAUUAGCAAGAGCCGAUUGACUUUUGAUGAACAUUCUUCACAUGCAAAAUCACAACAAAGCAACACUCCUCAAAUUAAAGUGGGUGGAAAUGACGGCCUCACUGACUCUGAUGAUGAAGUUAUGGAUGGAAUUGAAAACGAUAACUGCGAUGGCAGGGAUUUGGUUGGAUCUGUUGAAAUUGUGGACAAUUUCAAGUCGCCAAGUUUGUCUAAGUUUCAGUUUCACCCCACAAUAACAUCUACGACUGAACGCAAGAUGAGCAAGGGACUAACUCGCAAGGAGAACAAGUUCCAAUUGAAGAGUAGUAGAUCUGCUGCCAAUGGUUCUUUGCUUCGUCGGAACGGCAGAAUUUCCGCCCGACUUGCGCUAGAGCCGCUCCGAGGUGUAAGCAACCCGUUUUCUCGACCCAGGAGCUCACAAUUUAGUUCUUGCAUGCCUUCUGGACGACCAGGCAUCUUUGCUAAGAAAGGUUUAAGCAGAAUGGGACUCCCAGAAGCCUAUUUUUCCUCAGCCAGAGAUUGCUACAAGCCUGCUGACAAGCAGCAAUACCUGGAGCUGGUGAAGCAAGUUGCAGCUUUAGGCAGCACUUUUUAUGGCAGUAGCACUAGUGGGUUCAGCACGAGCAGUGUUUCAUCAGUUCCUGUGACCAAAACCAUCAUGGGGGCCGACUGGUCACGAAGAAAAGCACUUGAAAUCGAAGAGAACGCUGGGCAAAGGAAAAAAACUGCACUCAAUGAAAUUUCUUUGUGGACAGACGACCAGGAGAGCAUGAAAUUAAGUGGAGUGGACAGCGUUCGUGACGAUGUUAAACCAAAAGCGUUUGUUUUACAAACGGAGAAAAAUGUGAAGAAUAAAUCAGCAGAUAAGGAGGUUGACUUAGUCGCAGAAGGUCAGGACGAUGACCUCAUAAUAACCAAAGAGAACAUCAAGAAAGUAGUUCGCCUGAACUCUUUUGAACAACAUUCCAAGUUUAGUAUCUUCAAAAAGUUUAAUGAAGGUUGGAUUCAAGAUGUUAAAAGUCGCCGUUUGCAAAAGGAAGCAGAACUUGAAAGACCUCUUCGGGAGUCGCAAGAAACCUUGAAACUAGGAUUCGAGAGGCGGAGGAAAACGCCCUCCAUUGAAGACGUCGUAAACCGACGUUUUCAGAUGCUUGAUAUGCGUCAUCCUGCUGCUAGGAUUGAGCUUAAAGAAGAGGAUGUCUUGGUGGAAUUAACUCCUAAAAUGGAGAAUGUGAUCUCCAAUGCCUUACGCAAACAUCCACCUGGCGAAGUCCUGACUGAAAAAUUUAACAUCCAGAUCACGAGACGGGACAUAGCAACGCUUGACGGGCUCAACUGGCUAAACGAUGAGGUCGUCAAUUUCUACAUGAACUUGAUCAUGGAACGAAGUCAGAGUGAGAAGCUUCCAUCAGUCUACGCUUUCAAUACUUUCUUCUACCCAAAACUCAUCAAGAUGGGAUUUUCUGGUGUGAAGCGCUGGACUAAAAAGAUUGAUAUCUUCAGCUACGACCUGCUGUUGGUGCCCGUACAUCUUGGCAUGCACUGGUGUCUGGCGACCAUCGACACACAACAACGCGUCAUCUGCUACUACGACUCCAUGUUGGGUGACAACCCCCAGUGUCUACAUGAACUCAGGAAAUAUCUCGCCGACGAGAGCAUGGAUAAAAAGAAAUCCGCCAUUGAUCUCAGUGGCUGGAAAUAUGAAACUCCAAAGGAUAUUCCUCAGCAAAUGAACGGUUCUGAUUGUGGAAUGUUCGCCUGCAAAUUUUCUGAGUAUCUAUCGAGGAGAAAACCUAUCACAUUCACUCAAGACCACAUGCCUUACUUCAGACGUAGGAUGGUCUACGAAAUCGUGACCAAUAAAUUACUGUGAAGGCUUAGAUUUUACCUUGAUUUCUGAUGUUGUGAAAUGAACUUGUGAUUAUGUUCGCUGCACCCUUCGUCCAGUACGUCAAGAUAUAUUGCACAGAAUCUCUGAAAUUUGUGAAGCAAAAUUUUUGUGUCGAGGCUUGGCGUGUGUCAGUUCAGGCCUGGUAUCUUUCGUCCUGUUCAAGUUGGUAGCGGAAAUUACUUUUGCAUUGAAAACGUUGAGGAGAAACUAAAAUGAUACGAACUUGAGAUAUGAAACAGUGCAGCUGGCAGAGCUUUCUUUUGGACUCGUGGCUGAUGUCAAUUUCUGGUUUUAUAUUAAGGUCUUGUAAAUAUGAUCUUAAAAUUUUGUUGUCUGCCAACUGAUGAAGUUGAUUUUCAUGUAUAUAGUUAACAUUCCCUUUUGAAGCAUGUAUUUUCGGGUAGCAUAUUUACCUUUGCUAAAUCCUGAGUGUUUUUGUUGAUUUUGAAAAUUCAAAAUUUUGUGUUGGUUGUGUAUUCUAUGAAUGCAUUUUUGCUUGUGAUUCUUCGGUAUUGAAUUUUGACUUACGUUCGCUCAUACUGAAAUAAUUUCUGACUUAGAUAUUAUUACCGUGGCAAGUUUCAUUUUCAUAUGUAUAUAUAUCAAUAUAUUACAGUAUUUAUGGAGCUUUAAUUAAGGAAACCGCAAACGUCACGUGUAGUUUCUAGUUAUUCGUAACUCAUUUAUUACUGUGACCUAACAUUGCCUUCACGGUCGAGCUGGAAACCAUCAGGUCCAGAACUUCAUUGGAAAUUUAGUAGUUUCGAUUUGCGUUAAACCAAUAUAUGAUAACUAAAAUUACUGUAAAUAAUUAAAACAUUGUCAAUGAAGUUUUUCCAUUUUAGGAACACGACACUUGGAAAAAUUCAUGAACACCGAAGAGCUUAUUACACGGAUUUUUCUUGGAACAAUUUAAUCAUCUUGAAAUGUAAAGUGAAGUGAGGCUUUAACAUUCAUUUGUAUAUUUGCAUAAGUCGUAAGUAGGCGUUUUUUCUAAAUAAAUGUUCUUUGCA